UUGUCUCUGUGUGUCUGUCGUCAACAGACCAGUGUAGAAGCAGCUAUCAGGUAGGCUAUGACAACUCUCUGAGGAUUACCUACGCCAACGGGAUGGACACCCACUACCAAACGGAGCCUCACAUCCUAACGGGCGCUGCCAACCCGACCGUCGCCAGGCGCAACAUGAGUUUGCCAGGAGAGGUUGGGCAGAACUUGGUUGAAUGGCGCUUCCGGAAAGAACAAGCCCGAGGGAAAGUUAUCGUGUUUGGACGCAAACUGAGGGU